UCGCUCCGCCCCACCACCCCGCUGCUGCCUCCCGCCUCAUCGGUCUCGGCCACACCGCACCUCAGUGGCGAGCGGGAGACGGCGGACGCUGACAACUUUCAGGCGCAGGCGACGACGAACGAGCGCUCAAGUUAUAACAAGGCGUGUUUUCAUUCUUACGGUAGAGAAACAGCAAAGGAAAAAUGAGUGGAUUAUUCGGGAGCUUCGCGUCUGCCAGUGGCUACGGACAGUCUCACGGUGGCGGAUACGCAAAGGAGGUGGAAUGUAACUCUGCCCUUGGAGUGAUCGGUCUUCUGGGUCUCAUCGAGCUGCUAAGGGACAUCAUCGAGAACAUGGUUACGAUGCCUGAAGAGCGGCGGCGCAGAAGUGUGGGUGACAGAGGCGUCUUCAGGAACUCCUUGGUCAGUGCCAUGUUUCGUGGCGGCGCCGAGAACCACCACCCACUGGGCUCCCUCCCCGUGCUCCUGCUGCCUCUACUGCACAGUGCCGUGGACGCCGCUGACGGUCUGCUUCCACCCGCCUGCUUUGAGAAAACAGUCUGCGAAACCAACCGUGUCUUAGCAUCAGAAGGAACGAAUUGGGGUGUUCCUGGGGCGUUCUUGACCAACUCCACGUCCUCCCUCAUCACUAGUGUGGUAGCCAAGGUCUUCACUGGCGACGAGGACGCCUACACGAGGGCGCUGCAGGCCGGGCAGGCAGGAAGGUCGGGUGUUAAUUGUGAGGCCGCGUAUUCCACCUGUUUAAAUCCCCGUCCGGAUAAUGCAGUUGUGAAGGGUGCUGAUGUGAAGAGUGUGGUGAGGCGACACCUGGCCAGCCUUACUUAAACCAGACAGACAGACGGACAGGCAGACACACAAACGUGCAGACGGACAGACAGACAAAAGAUAAGGACAGAAACAGAAUGAAGGAAUAUAUAUGAUAAAAUAAGUAAACGAAAGUGACGGGAAACUUGAUGGGCACGCAAAAAAUUAUAAUAAACAAUGGAAUUAGGAGACAAGGACGAUACAACAGCGGUGUUAAUCAGACUAUUCUUAAAAACAAUUAAUAAAAACUUAGAUCCGC